AAGGAUAUAUUUGCCCGCUACAAAUAUACAGCAGAUCGUGUGGAAUUUUUUACACGAAGAGGUCACUCAAUAGAACCUGAAUAUUUCUCAAAUAUUAAAUUCGGUAAUAUAAAUUGUGUGUUAUUUUGCGAGCAGUCAGGGAAUUGUUCAAAUUUCUUUACUAAUAUAUGUAAGGAAAUUAAGCAAGCAAACAGGACAAUAAACCAUGGAAAAGGAAUAGUAAUAGAACUCAGUUACGCCAGUAAUAAACCACAGGAACCAAGUAGAACGGCAGAAAGACUAAGUGAAACGCUACAGCCAACUUUAAGUAUUAUUCAUACACGAUGUUGCAGACCCAAUAGCGACACCAUUCAGCAAAAUGCAUGUAUUUCAGAGCUUAUUUUGCUGACUGAUGAUAACAAACGAUCCAUAAAUGACUUCAAAAAGGAUUACGCAUCUUCAAUGAUUUGUGUUACAUCCUACGAAGACCUGAAGAAAAACACUAAUCUCUUACUGGAGCGAUAUGCUUGUGGAAAACUGCGCGAAAUUGUGGACAUGCUGAACAAGGACCGUAAUGCGACAGGUGGAAACCAACAUCAUCAUCAUAAACCAACGGUCAGAAACCCAAGUGCGCGAGCGCUAUCACAAGGCACUGCAACUAACACUCCACCUACAAACGGUGGCCUGUCGGACCUGUAUGAUGAGAGCGGAAAGAAACUGGACAUGUGUUCGGCGAAACGCAAAUCCGAGAGCGAGACGACUGAAGGUUUACGAUCAGGUAAGCGGUUCAAACAUACCGGGCACACCGAGUCGACCAGAAACAAGUUGGACACCUUUCUUCUAGACGUGAUGGCGCUGUUCAAAAGGAGCGAUGUACCGAAGUCAGAGUGGCCGAAGAUACAACAGCCAAAUCCAAACACAACACCCUUAAAAUUGAGGAUCGUUGACGAACUGUUCAAGAUAGAUUCCACCAUUGUUGGGUGCGGUUACCACCAUCACAUACUUCAAAUAUACUUGAAUCGAGAGGCGAAUGUUUCACUGGACUCCGCACUUACCAAGGCUUUAAAUAAACACAACCUGGUCCAUCACAAUUUCAAUUACGGUCCUUGCAAAUACACCGAAUGUUGCGGAAUUAAAGUCGGAUCACAUCUUGGAACGCAAACUGUUUCAGCUACUUUGGGAGGAUUUGCCAAAGCAAAUGAAAACCUGUAUGCGCUGGUCUCUCGUCAUUUUGUGGAAACGGUUGGGAAUGAUGUAAAGCACAAGCGUCCCAAUGGCGACUGUGUUACUAUAGCAACACACACGGUCAAGCCAGAAGGUGACCUUGAUAUUUCAGCCGCCCGCAUCCUCCCUAAGACACUUAUCACCGACACUAGAUUCAGAGACUCAAUAGGCAGAUUCACGAGUAGUAUGUUAUUCAAUUUUGAAGGACAGGUGGACGACCUUCAGAGCGAGUAUAUAUUCGCUUGGACGGCUAAUUCAGUCUCACGACCCAGCCGUGGCAUGAUAACGAUACCUGAUUUUCAACGACCCAGCUAUCAACACAACUAUGUCGUCAUUGAAAGUGAGCAAGAUGAGUGUGCCGACCAAGGUGCAGUUGGACCUCCGGUAACAGAAUCAUUUGGCAAGAGAGGAGAUAGCGGUGCAAUCGUAUGUUUUGACGAUAAGGACGGAAACGGCGUUCAUGUUGUUUCAAUGUUCAUGGGAGAGCUGCGAUUUGGAGAUACCCAUGGCUUAGUUUCGCUUCCACUUCAGCAAGGACUUCAACAAAUAAACGCAAAACUCGGCGGCGAGAACUUGCAGUUGUGUUAACUGUCGGUGUCAUGUUCUUCACGAUGUAAUUUCAAUUUCGUCAAUGAAAUUAUCAAUAGUUUGAUUCAUUUCAAAUAUCACAAUACAAUUCAGUUAUUUUGUAAAGUUA